UAAAACUUGCUAUUUUCACAUUUUUGUCAUUAAAUAACUUCAAAUAAAUCGAUAUUACAGCCACGGACACGAAUGAGCCGUGACAGGCCUUUGAACUCUGUUCUAGAGGAGUCCGUUGGACCUCCUCCAGACGUAACAUUUGCCCCAAUUUUGGCAGAGACAGCAUCUGGGUCCAGUGGCAGUGUUCAUCAUCACGGUCAUGCUCAUGGUUCGGCUUAUCAUCAUGGUGGACAUGAUGGGCAGUGGUCCCCAACCCGAGGAAACAAAGAAAACACACCACUUCUUAGUCGGAUAGACUCGGUUGAUCACGGCAUUUACUUCGAAAAUGUCUUCCCAGAGGAUCCAGAUUUUACCGAGGUUAUGCGCGAGUCCGAAUCUGCCAUUGAAAAUGGCGUCUAUCCGGAACGAAUUUAUCAAGGAUCGAGUGGUAGCUACUUUGUCAAAGAUAGUGAUGGGAAAAAAAUCGGCGUAUUCAAACCAAAAGAUGAAGAGCCGUAUGGAAAACUGAACCCCAAAUGGACCAAGUGGAUGCAGAAAUUAUGUUGUCCCUGCUGUUUUGGUCGAAGUUGCCUCGUCCUCAAUCAGGGAUAUCUAUCAGAAGCUGGUGCUAGUCUAGUGGAUCAAAAGUUGCAGUUAAAUGUGGUUCCGAAAACAAAGGUGGUCAGGUUAGCAAGUGAGACAUUCAAUUAUAGUGCAAUAGACAGGGCCAAGUCCAGAACCAAGAAAAACCUGUCUGAAAGAUUUCCUGAAUUAGGCCGCAAGUUUCAUCGGUUGGGAUUACCUCCAAAAACUGGCUCCUUCCAACAAUUUGUAAAUAGUUAUCGUGAUGCUGAUUUUUGGUUACGACGAUUUGAUUCGGAGUCGCUGCCCGAAUCCACUGCUACACAGUUCCAGCACCUAUUUGAACGAUUAGUAGUCUUAGAUUAUAUCAUUAGAAAUACAGAUAGAGGAAAUGACAACUGGUUAAUAAAAUACGACAAGUCUGAGGUCCAGGACCAUGAAGAAGAUGAUGAUGAGGAAUGGAGUUUAGUGAAACCGCCGGAAAUUUCCAUCGCUGCUAUCGACAAUGGCUUAGCAUUCCCGUUCAAACACCCAGAUGAGUGGAGGGCCUACCCGUAUCACUGGGCAUGGCUACCGAUGGCGAAGAAACCAUUUUCUGAGGAAAUCAAAGCUCUCGUCCUCCCUCAGCUCUCUGAUAUGAACUUUGUACAAGAUUUAUGUGAUGAACUCUAUGAAUUAUUCAAGACUGACAAAGGUUUUGACAAGAGAACGUUUGAGAAACAGAUGUCAGUUGUAAGGGGCCAGAUCUUGAAUCUGACCCAAGCGCUCAAAGAUGGCAAGUCCCCUGUCCAGCUCGUCCAGAUGCCAGUUGUGACAAUCGAAAGAACCAAGAGCGUCUACGGGGUGGGACGCCCGAGAUCAACCAGCAGCGGAGACUUCACUCAGAGCUUUGCCAAGAGGGCACCGUUCUUUUCCUGGUGCUGAUGUAAAAGGGAUGAAAUCAGCCUCUCCACGUGUCGUCACUUUGCUUGAUGCUUCCCUGCUUCUUCCACUAAAACGUUUUCCGCUCGUGGUGAUGUUCAAUUGAAUGUUUCCUCCAUUGCGUGUUUCAUUGCGAGUUUGGCUUUAUUCAACUCAGUUAUAACUGGACCCGAGCUCUCUGUGCACAGAUGGGGCACAAGAGUUGGCAUUUAGAAACAAGCUGGGCAGAGUUUCUUGAAAUAGUCACUCAAGUAGAUUGAAUGAAUGCAACUUGCAAUGAUUCACAAACAUAAGAUUCUUGCUCUAACCCAAUAUCGAGCAUUUUGGCAAAGUUUGCAAAACUAUAAGGCUGUGAACUCUUAACAUUCAAUAAUGGUUUAAUUAACUUUUCAUCGAACGGAAACAAAUUAUGUGGAAGAUUUUCAAAGGCAUUGAGUUAAAAUGGAGUCGAUUAUAAUCAUAUUAAUGAUAUAUCAAUACUUGGUGAAAAGAAAUUGCAUUUCUGAAUUUGUGCUAUCUUGUCAAUUUGAACUUGGAACAUGGUUUGAAACCUGUCUGUUUAUGUGUGGAUUUCAUUUAGGCUGUACAAUCUGUGAUUAUUACUUUCAUGAAUGUGAAUGAUCCACCUCUUUGCCUUUCUCAGGUUGGAAUUAUAUAGCCGGAUUUGAAACAAGUAUUUUCCAGAUUUUGCAAACAUUUCAUUUUUUGCGGUUUUCACGAAUAACCUCCAUUCACAAAAAUCUAAAUUGCAAAAAUUGUUUUUUGGUUAGAAAAACUGAAAGAAACAUGUUAUUCACCAACUCAAAAAUCGUGAAAGUUCAAAAAAAGGUUUUCGUUAACUGCAGAAAUAUAGAGAUGUUGGACGUAACACAACCUGUACUUAGUUUUCAUGGGCAAAUUUGCCUGGUAUUGAUUGGUACUUGCUAUUGCUGAGUUCAACUGUACAUUUUAUGAAGACAGUGAAAUGCUACGAAAGAAGUUCUCGGAGUCAGUUUUGGUGAUUGAGGAGGUUCAGGUCAUACAGGACACGUGAGCUCACCUCCGGAGAAUGAAGUGUAACUCGACAGCCUGACAGGGCUUGCAUCCCAUUGAAUUUCUAUCUUCAUUAGAACAUGUCUCAACUAAAACCUAGAAGAUGUAGAAGUCCGUCGAUUUUGAAAGCCUAGCCAGUGCCAGAAUAUCAUCUAAAUCAAGUGUAAUCCAUACUUGUAUGCAUGUACCAAAGCAAUGACAAGCUGGUUAUAUUGUUUGUACAUGUAGAUCGUAAAGAACAUAUCCAAAAAUGCUUUGUCAUAAAAUCAUGGUACAUGUAGGUUUGAAUGACUUUUUGUUGGGAGAUCAGCUCUGAAUGGAAUCAGAUGAUUCACAUAGCUGAGGUUACAGUGUCCUGUGAUUGCAAAUUUAUUACUCUUGGAUGCAUUUAUGUGAAAUAAUUGAUUUUGAGGGACUCUUUCCUUGGGUUAUGCUGGUAAAAAUAUAGACUCUUUUUCCAGUAUUAGAAGUCAGUGAGCCACACCCCUGUUUGAGAUAGGAAUACAUAACUUAUCCAGCUGGUGUACAGUCUGACUCAAAGCCUGAGUUCCUCUGUUUGUGAUCUCUCUCGUGACUUGGGCUCAGUCAGGUAAAGGAGAAGGUAGAAUCGAUUUGUGAAUGCUGUAAUGAAAUAGUGUAAAUAAUAUCAUUCUCUCUUCGAAGAGUGAAGACUGAUUAUUUAAAGUAAAGAAAAUAAUGUCAA